AUGGAGCAGAAAGAACGGACAUUGCUACUUAAGCAAGAGGGAAGACCCGACGAGGCCAUUAUGCUUACCUUGCUCGAGCGCAUCAACCCCGACCAUGGCACCACAUUCACAGUCUUGAGAUGCCUUUGUUCAGCCUGUACGGACAUUUCCAGAAAUGGUGUUUCCUCUCAUGUAAAGAGCUCCAGCCUGAAAGUGAAGAAGUCUGGAGUGUAUAUGUAG